UUCCGAUCCAACUGUCAGUUUCAGUUUAUCCGCCGUGUAUAGUUGACGUGCGUGGCUGUGCCGCAUUUUACCGCCAUGAUUCCAAACAAGCCCAUACGACGUAACUCUCGUCUAAACUUCGAAUUGUAACUGUUAUUUUUGUGUACAAAAUUUCAACAGUUCCUUUCAGUUUAUUGUGUGUUUAACUGUGCCGUGAUCUUGAUUGAUAUUUUCUUUUAUUUCAAACGACUACACGAUGCAAACGGUUCUGAUUUUUAAUUCCAUGUUGAGAGUGUACGAUUUGGUAUUUCUUAAAAAAUGUUGACAGUAAUACUAGUGUUUUCUAUUCUACUUUUCCAAGCAUUCCAAUCCGGCGACUGCUCCAGCUUACUAUGCGGUCGCACAAAGGAAGUGGAGGUCGGAGGGAACGCGGGAGCGGGGGCGGCGCUGGCGCUGUCCCUCUCCCGCCCGCCUUCUGCAGGCAACGCGACGUGUCAACUUCGCCUGACAGCGCCUGAAGCGGCCGCUUUUACUGUACGACUGAUUGAUGUUAAGGAAUCGCUAGUUGAGUGGGAGCGCGGUCUGACGGAUUUGCGCGAAGGCGCGGCACCGGCGCGCAAAUGGAGCGCGCGCAGCCCUGCGCACGCGCAGGACACAGCCACCGAUGGCGCGGCGCCGCUCGCGCAUAACAACAAUACUGACGCCUGCAAGAUGCUCAUUUACAUCGUGGACGCUAAGAAUCCAAUAUGGCGUCUGUCACUGUGCGGCGGGAACGCGGCGCAAGUGGCAGCCAAGGCGGGCACAAAGCUGCUGCCGCCCAAGAUAAAGAUCGUGUGGAAUCCCCCCACAACGCCCUACCAGCACACCGAGAAGUUGCGUCUUGUCGUCACCGCUGUUAACAGUGGAGCAAUAUGCAACGAUGAGUCCCAGUUCGUGUGCGGUAGUACCAGUCUCUGCAUUUCAUCUUACCUGGUGUGCGACGGUGUGCGGCACUGUCCGGGCGGAGAGGACGAGGACAGCUCCGCCUGCGCUCACAGACGAGACCCACCCUUCUUAGAGUUGCUACGGAGAUUUGCGGCAAGGAAUCAGGAAUUAUUGGGCCUGGAUCAGCCUGAUGGGAUGACUAAACCUUCAGUUAUAAGCGAUAUAAAACUUGCAGUGAAGAUUGGUGAGAGCGAGCAGAAGAGCAACGCGUUCCUGGAGUUCGCAGCGGCGCUGAAACCGUAUGGACCUUGGAGCUACCUGGUCGUUGGUAUGCUCAUCUGCGCCACCAUACUCAUGUUCUGCCUCGCCUGGGAGUGCUGCUGCAAACGCUCCAAGCCGUCAGACACACCGAUCAACAUUCCACCGUCAUGCAUCGACAUGCCGCCGACUGUGACUGUGACGUCAUCCUCGCAGCAGCUGUUCCUGUCGCAGGCGCCCCCCGCGGCACCCCCCACACCCCCCGAGUACGAGCCGCCCCCCUCCUACUCCUCCCUCUUCCCGCGUGCCUUCAAGUCCUCCCCCACGCCGGUCCCGCACUGCUCCCACCAGGAACCCCCUGAUUGAACUCAUACAUACACUCAUAUUUAUAGUUAGCUAUUAUCUAAUAUCGCACGUUGUGGCACUCACGAGAUUCUAUUUCGGAAAUAAGAAACACCAUGUAUAAGAGAUCAGACGUUUCAUUUCUUUGUUACAAAACAGGUUAUAACCAGAAUUAUAUAUAUUGACAAUUACGUAUAAAAAUAUUCUUCAGUAUUCAUCAAGAAUCCGUCAAUCAUAUAGAAAUACACACAGACGUACAUACAAACAUAUCAUACAAAUUUUCAGUAAUCAAAUCUCUAAGAUUUAUUGACACACGCUCUAUCAUAAUGACUGACUUAAAUUAAAUUAUUUUCCGUUAUCGUUUCAGAUACUAUUUUUCGUAACAACAAUUAAAAAAAAUUACAAACUAAAUAAGUAAUAUAUUUCUACACAGAGAAGUGUAAAUUACAUGACAUGACUACUCCGACUACUCAUAGACUACUCAAGAGUACUCACAGACUACUCCGACUACUAAUAACAUGGAAAAAAACUAAUUAGAUAUUAGUUAAAUUCAAGAAGAAAAUAUUAUCGAAACAUACAAAUGACAAAUUAGUUUUAUACAUAAAUGAAAUCCCUACAAAAUACAUGUAUUUUGAUAAAACGGUUUUACAAUGUGACACUUGUAAAGACUAUACAGGAUGUUCUGUCAUUUUGCUAUUUUGACAGUGACUGUGACAAAACAGAUAAAGAUACGAAAGAAAUAUUUAGAUAUUCAUUUUAUAUACUAAAUAUGAUGACUACAGAAAAUUAACAUAAAGAAACUAAAGCUUUAACCACACAGAAGACAGGCGUCAAGUUGAAGCUAUUCCGCGAGCAGUCUGAUGAGUGUGCGUCCCGGAGCCCUAAUUUAGUCCUUUUUCCCUUCCCACCGUUUUUCUUAUAAGGAAAGGAUGGGAAGUGGAAGUGGACUUUCCGGAUAAGAGAAUGCAUGGAAAGGGAAUAUAUUUUCUUUCUGGGCAUCCUCUCCUCUGUCCAUUAAAGGUAGGCAACGCAUAUGCAGUUGCGUAUGUUUAUGGACAACGGUCACUUCGCUAUUUCAGCGAUUUCAGGUGGCCGCUCGCUCGUUUUUAAUAAUUUCUCCGUGUAAAAUCUUACCAUUUAUAUAUCUAUAGGUUUUAUUCGUCAUUGUGAGCAAAAUGUUAUCAGCUUUCUUUAAAUUUAAAUCUACAAUAAAACCUACAUUAGAAUACUCUGAUUUGUAGUUUAAUACUAGUGCCAAGAUUUCAAUGCCCCUUAGUCGUAAAGAAUUUAUGUAAAAUCCCCAAAAAGUGAACCAUUAUUAGCUGCAAGCCAAAGCGUUAUAACUUGAAAAACAAACAAAUAUUUAAUCACUGACUAUACAUGGAUAGGCUAUAAACUGUGUCAUUUUGUUCCGAUUUCAUUUUCCAAUAUGGCGCUGACGGUUGCGAUUGCGGUGAGGAUUGGAACUAAUAACAUGCAUAGAAUUAACUGUCAGGAGCUGUCAUUAACUGUUAACAGAUGCAUUUAAAUCGGAACAAAAGCUGUCAUUUCUAAGCAACGUAUCCAUUUAUAGAGUCAGUGUAUUUAAUGGUUCACUUUAACCACAACGUGCGUGUGCGGGGCCAUAGAUUAUAAGUACAAUGUUAACAGAUAAAAAAAAUCUCUAGAAAUAAUUUCAUCGAAUAUUUCCGGGACCAAGGUGUUAUUGAACGAUAAUUUUACUUUACGUCUGAGAAUUGUGCCUUAGUUUAUAUUGUAGUUAGUGGUUAUUAUAAUUUCUUUUUUUAAUACAUAAAAUUAAUUUCCGGAAAUACCAAUGUUACCACAAAUGAUAACUUUUGAAUAAAUUGGAAAAUACUGGAAAUAACAUAAACACUAUAAUUAAAUGACCUCAAUUCUAGGACAAUUAAAAUUGUCUUUUUUAAUUUUUUUAAAAGAAAAAAGUACUUGAGUGGAAUCAAAUAUUCAAGAGUUGUCAUAUUUAAAUCCAAAAUAUUUAACUAUUAAGCAGGUAAAAGGAAUCUAAUUUUGUAUCUAAGAUCUUACUAUAAAGGUCCCAAUUAGAUUUAGUUUCAACUUAUUUGCUUAGUUCAUCUUCAUUUUCCAUGAUAACUUAAAAAAAAUGUGCGAUUGUGUGACAAAAAAAAAUGGUUUAAACAUUUCUGAUUUAUCACUAAUAUUAAGUAAAUUGCUUCUCAGGCUCUAAAAAUUCAUUGUUCAAUAUAAAAGGAUGUGAUUUCAGAGUCAUUUGUUUUUAGACGUUUUGAUUCAUAUGAUUGAUUCCUUAUUGUUUUAAAUUUUUUUUAAAUAUUUGAAAGCGACACUAAAAUCACACCCUGUUAUUAAAGAUUUUACUAGUCUUCUUAGAAUCUUAAUGUUUUGUAUUUUUAGGUAUUGUUUUUCCUUAAGUAUAUAAGUUUAUAACAUAAGUUAUUGAUAAGAAUACAUCUGCAAGACAAGUAAAACCAUAAAAAUUUACG